AUAAAAUAAUUUUCAAAUUUGGGUUAAUCUACAUUUUAUAAUAUCUAUGAUAACUGUGCAAAAAGAAACCUGUAAGUAAAACACGAAUGUUUUGGCUAUGACGUUUUUCCUAACCUAACUUCUUUGUAAACAAAAUGGAAAGAAGAAAAAGACAUUACGAAGACGAUGAACCAUCCACAUCAAGACACAAAAGAUCCAAAUCACCCAGACAAAAAGAAAUCGAAGACUAUAAACACGAACUGAACAAAUUUUUGAACGAACAUUGCAACGUUCAAAAAUGUUCGGAUUUUUGGACGUUCUACACGAAAUACAAACAAAAACAGUCUUUGGUCAGAAGCGACGUAGACAAAAACAAAAUCCUUUCUCUAAAUUUCGAAUUACCCAACACGAUUUUGUUUGAAAAGUUACCGUUGUUUGAUAAAAACGGGCAUAAAAUGAAAAUUUCACGGAGGGACUUUGAGGAAUUUUUAUUAGUAGUACGUGUAUAUCAAGACUUCCAACAGAAGAUGAAGUUUUCAAAGCUCAAAAAGAUCCGGAAUGCACAAAAAGAUCUACCAAUUGCGCAACAUAAAGAAGAAAUUAUCAACUGUUUGUCAACUAAUAAGGUAUUGCUUGUUGCUGGUGACACUGGAUGUGGCAAAUCUACACAAGUACCACAGUAUGUAUUAGAGGCGGGAUACAAAAAGAUAGUCUGCACACAACCAAGGAGAAUUGCUUGUGUUUCAUUGGCGAAACGAGUCGCAUACGAAACUUUAACAGAUUAUGGGAGUACUGUAGGUUAUCAAAUCAGGUUUGAGAAGACCAAAAGAGCAGAUACAUCUAUAAUUUUCAUGACUGAAGGUUUAUUACUGAGGCAGGCAAGUGAAGAGGAGACUUUAAACUCAUAUGAUGUUAUAAUAUUGGAUGAGGUACAUGAGAGGCAUUUGCAUGGAGACUUUCUGAUAGGAAUCAUGAAAUGCAUCAUAGGCCGAAGAGAUGAUGUCAAGCUCAUUCUUAUGUCUGCCACAAUUAAUUUACAACUGUUUAGUAGUUACUUCGCCGACGAAAACGUUAAGGUGAUACAAGUACCAGGAAGAUUAUACCCAAUAGAAAUUCACUACAAACCUAUCGUCAAAGAUCCUUACGAAAGGAAGCGGGACCAUUUCGACUGUCAACCCUAUUUACAAAUCAUUCAAAUGAUCGACGAACAAUUCCAGCCUCAUCAAAAGGGUGACCUAUUAAUAUUCCUCAAUGGUUACUCAGAAAUUUCAUCCCUUGCGGAAGCGGUUCGAGAGUACGCCGAACAUAAACCACGGUGGAUCGUGUUAGAGUUACACAGCAGUCUGUCUUUGGAGGAACAGGACAAGGUCUUUGAUUAUCCCCCAGCGGGAAUACGCAAGUGCAUAAUUUCAACCAACAUAGCCGAAACGUCAGUAACAAUAGACGGCAUACGUUUUGUAAUAGACUCAGGUAAAGUUAACAGGAUGGUUUACCACACGUCAGGAGGCGUGAACAAGUUAAGCGAAACGACCAUCUCACAAGACAGUGCGAAACAAAGGGCCGGACGUGCCGGUAGAACAGGGCCGGGAAUUUGCUAUCGGAUGUACUCGGAGGACGACUUAAAAAAAUUUGAGGCGUUCACGCCUCCUGAAAUCCACUUAGUUCCGUUGGAAUCGUUGUUUUUGAAAAUGAUAUCGUUGGGCUUGUCGGACGUUACUCAGUUCCCAUUUAUCGAAAAACCGAGUGCCAGUAGUAUCGAGGAGAGCUUGGAGAAGUUGAAGUUCAGCGGUGCUUUGUCGCUGGAAGAAGAUUGUUUGGCACUGACGCCUCUUGGUGAUGCCCUCAGUCAACUACCGGUCGAUUUGAUUAUCGGAAAGAUGUUAAUCAACUCAACUGUGUUCGGGAACGUUAAUUCCAUCCUGGCAGUUGCUUCGUUGAUGAGUGUGCAAAGCCCCCUAACUCAGGAAGCGUAUAAAUCAUCCGAUGCACAGGAUUUACGUAAACCUCUGGAUUCGAAUCAUGGAGAUCCUAUUAGCCUUUUAAACUAUUACAAGGAGUGGUUGAAUAUUAAGUACAACACCACUCCGGUCGAUUACAAUCACAGGCACAGGCAAGAGAGCUCCAGAACUUGGGCGAGGAAACGUUGCAUAGAAGAGCAACGUUUCUACGAAACAACUAAGCUGGUUGAGCAGUUCAGGGAUAUACUGUGCGAGGCGAAACUGCUGCCGAAAAUCGACGACCUCGAACUAUCGAGUGCGGAACGUUCCAUACGCCACGGCGAAAUGAAAAAGCUGAAGCACAUGCGUUACGAACUGAAAAUGGAGAACAAAUCACGACAGAAGAAACAACUGAAACAACGCAGGUUCCAAGAAGAGGAGGAGGAGAAAACGGAUCUGCGCGAUGUGGAGUUUCGCAUCGCCAACGACUUCAAGAAGUUGCAGAAACUAUUGAACGAAUCGUCGGCGGACAGUCACAAGGACGUGAUGAUGUUGAAGUUGAUUUUAGCCGGCGGUUUGUACCCACAAAUUGCGUUGCCCGACGAGUUCAACUCCAGCAAGUCAGUGGCGGACAAGUUGUACCACACCAAAAAGAAAAACUUUAUAUUUUUGCGACCCAUGUCGUAUUUUGCCCUCAAUCCCGAGUUACUCGAGUUGCACAAUGACGACAUCGAGGUUCCGCCUCCCGGUUACUUUAGUAAGCGGCCUAUUAGUCGUAAGCAUCAACUGUUGAUUUACCAAUCUAUUCUGGAGACUAAAAAGGUUUACCUGGUGAACACCUUGCGCAUGCCUGUGAUACAAACGUUGAUGCUUUUUGCUAAAACAAUAGCCACCAACUUGUCCUUCACUAAAUUUGUUUUCGACGACUUUGUGUCGAUUGACGCUCCCUACUACGGACAAGGCAAAACACUUUUGUUGCGUGCAAUUGAAUUGCGCAAUAAAUGGCGGCAGAAACUAGAGACUAAACUGCGAGACCCGCAAGUGGUACAUGACGAUAAAAGGGACAUCUUUGAUUUUACUGAAGACUUGGUACGUUUCAUGCAAAGUGAUGUAAGUUACAACGUUAAACGUCUCUUGCCCGCCGAUUUAAAGUCCAUCUAUACCGAGCGCUCAGACUUCUACACAAACAUAACUUCUUCAGGCAUCAAAGGCCCUAAUCCUUUAGACAAAAACUUUACAAUACGCGUUAAUAAUGAACUAGGAGGUUAUAACGUAACGGAAAAUGUAAUUUACGGUUGUCUGAUAGAGGAGGAGUGGUCAGCAAAUAUCGAAGAGACGAUAACACAGCAAGAGCAUGAAUGUAAAUACUGUAGGGCGGAGUUAAGGGGGCGUGGCACUUGGGAGACAAUGCAGCACGAACAGUCCUGUCGGGUGGACGUCAAGGUUGAAGUUGUGGAAGAGGCGACCACUUCAACAACUGUUAAAGCGAAUUCGAAACCGUUUUCUUGUUCAGUUUGUAAUAAGGAAUUGCUUUUAACCCCCGUUGAGAUACUUAGGCAUAAGAAAAAUUGUAAAUAAAGGUUUUUAUAGUUAUUA